UGAGGAUAAAGAAGAAGAGGGCAAGCGACAGGGCUAUGGCGAGAAUUGAGUGGGCUCUUCAAGGAAGAGGAAAGUGGGUUUGUUCGUACAAGAAAACCACCAUCAUAGUUUGCUUUUUCAACAUUGCGAUUGCUCUCUACUUUCUUCGCACUCUUUAUGCCUCUCUUUAUAUCUACUCCGGAAACGUUUCGCGAAACAUUGUCCCUUAUACCUCGGAUCAGAUUCAGAAAAUGGAAGAAUCAAUCCGAAUCCGUAAGGCAUAUAGACCCCAGGAGCUGGUUAAAUGGGUGAAGGCACUAGAAGGGGAGUUAUCAAGGGAUGAGAGGGCGUCUCAGUUGCCUCAGCAUUUAAGACAGAAAAUAACGGAUGAUAUAUUGCAGAGGUUGAGGAGCUUGAAUUCUAGCGGCACGAACACUACCCAGAAAGUUGCCCUGGAGCGAGGUCAGUGCAUGCCUGUAAUUUUGCUGGUGCGAAUAUAAUAUUUCUACCUUUCUGAACCUUGAUAGGCAU